UGCCGUCGGGCAGUCGCUGUCGCGCCAGGCUCCUGUUAGCCAAGCAGUCGCAAUUCCGUCGCCUAACCAGUAUUGCUCGCCUACCUUUUAUCCUCUCAAUCGCAUCAAGGCUUCCGUCAACUGCAUAUCUCUGCCCGUCAGUCGGUCCGUCGUCAUCUAUCCGCGAGUGGUAGUAACGUCUGAGCCCAGUGAGAACGAGAUCGAGGCUGCUAUGAGUCGGAAGAGUGGUCGCAUGCAUCCGGGCCGGCGUCAGUGAUUGUGCCACAGAGUCAGUGAGAGUCGAGAGUAGUGAAGUCGCACCGGGUUUUACACCUUUUAUGUUCCGUCGGACGAGCGAGCCGGGCUUCCCGUUUAAAAGGUGCGAUAAACAUCAGUGUAUCGUCGUUAUGGUGAAAACGGGAAACGAGGAAGCCACUUUGUUCGAUUAAACCUGUCGUCCUGAGUACACAAGAUAUCGUGGCCGAUCACUCCCGCGUGUCCCGGCACAAGGUAUACUUUAUACACAGAAAAUAUAUGAUAAAGUGCUCUGUUGGAUUGUGAAUUUUAUAUCGCCGACUGGAUCAAUUCCCCUGUGCUCCCUUGCUCUAAGAAGAGGAGUCCCUGAGAAUUCAUCCGCGAAGAGUGCCAGGAGAGCGCUGAAUAAAUGACGUAAAAAUCGAGAAACGGAAGUGACGUCACGCUAACUCGCUAUUUCCCCCUCCCCGACCCGGUCCGACCCUAACCUCCACUCCCCACCGCUUCGUCGCCCGCCUUGUGUGCCAUUCCCUACUCCUGUCCGCCACCAACGUAAACGCCAUCACCAUCGCAAUCUCCACCACCACUACUUCCGCCACCACCACCGCCACCACCGUCGUCAUCGCCAUCAGCAGCAGCAGCUCUUGCCAUUCGCCUGCCAGUCAUCCCACGCACCAAUCGUCAAUCUCCAACCAACUAGAUUCUCAAAAAGCUUCGCGAGGAAACCGCCGCUCCGCCGCUACACGCUUUUACCUUCUUCACGGCCUUUAUCUUUCGCCCUCGACACGUUGCCGUCGUUCUACUACCUGGACGCUACCCGAGGGACUCGACGUGGCUCGAAGGACGAAUCCACGACCGGCUUAGGUUUUGGGACGCGUCAAAACACGUCUCAGCCAUCCCCCCUCUAGUCCCAGCUAAAUUGUCAGCCUAAGCAGCCCACAGUAGUCGACUCGUAAGGACUACAGCUUCUUUCAUACUUACUCGCCACGCAAAUACACCAGCGGUCUAGUAACUUCUUACGUGCACUCGCCUCUAUACCUUUCACGUGGACACGCGUUGCACGGUGAAAGGGCAUACAGCGCCGAACCUGUUUAUAUAGCUGCCACAAAGUUGUUGCGCCUCGACGAAUUCGCGCUCGGCAUCGAAACUUCUUCGGGGACGCUCGGCUCCGCUACUUCGGCAAUCUUCGGCCCCCGCACCGUGAAAAGGAGGUUCGUCGUGGCAGGAACGGCCAGUGGUACUUCGGCAGCCGUACGCGAGGGGUCGUCUCUUCUAACGUGAAUACACAAAAGUAAUCGUCACGACCUUGCCGGUAUAACGUAACUCUAAUAUAUAUUUUCGAUAACAAUCAAUCGUUCGAUACGAUAUCGCGCAAUUUGCUUUUUCUUUUUUCAUUGGUGACAGUAGAAAUUUCGGAAAACAGAAUCCUCUCGGAUCUUUAUUCGGUGACGCGCAUUCACAGAUCCUACGUAUCCACGAAGAUCGUCCUUGACACACAGCACUGAAGAUUCACUCGCCUCGAACGUUAAUAUCUGACGAACUAACGAUCGUUACGUCGCUUGCAUCACGACCCACUGUCGCUACUGUCAAUCCUGUAAAUCGUUACCGGAACUACGACCGCAUACGCGAAAAUCCUCACGUUGACGUUACUACUGUUUACUAUUUACUACUAAACUACUACCACACUAUUACUUCUAUUACUACUGCUAGCUACUACGACUAAUAAUAAUAUUAAUAAUACUAAUAAAGAAAAAACAAUAAUAAUACAAUAACGAUAAUAACGAUAGCUAAAUAGUUAUUACCGAAUAAAUCGGCAUAAUCCCGUGGGCAAAAGAAAAAUUAACACGCAGAACACGCACCCGUACAUCGAUAACCAAGAGUGAUAGAGGAUAUUUUAUCGUAAAAAAAAGCGUAUAGUGUUUGUGAGAAUAUAAGAGAUAAAAGGAUCUCUAUAUAUGUAUGUUAUAUACAUAUGUGAAAAAUCAUAAGCACGAGGUUAUAUAUAUAUAUAUCUAUAAAUAUAUAUAUAUAACAAGCGUGCGAUAGUAACGCCUAAAACACAGUGACCACGACCUACGACACGGAAGGAGGAUACAGUGAUAAAGUGCAAGAGGAGACAAGGCAAAAGUGCUAAAGGAAGAGGAUCAGGAGGGAAAACGAGAAAUAAGGAUAAACGAAGGGAGAAGGAAGGAGACCGAGAAAAUAGAAAAACCCCGUGAUAAACAGAGUUAAUAGAUAUAUUUUUUUUUCGCAUAAGAGUUAUAUCGGUGAGGAUAUAGGCGGAGAUAGUUUGAAAAAAGAAAAGAAGUCUCGCCAUUUUGUGUGUGUGUGUGGUGUGUAUGUGCGUGUGACAGCGAGCGACAUAAUAAAUCGUAUAAGGGACAGAACGGUGACAGUACGGUGAAACGUGGUUGUCGCGUUUUUGUAAUAAUAAUAAUAACAAGGAAGGGAAAAAUAUUGAACGAGAAUAUAUAUAUAUAGAGGGUAUAGAAAAAAAGAAGGGAUAAAGUUCGAAGUGUUGGCUCGUCGUCGACCUCAGUUUUAAAUUCGAGUUCUGAAUCUGUCCUAAGAGAGUUUAUUCUCGAAGAACGGCUCGAAGAUGGCUAUGGUCAACAUGAACAACCUCCUCAACGGAAAGGACUCCCGGUGGCUUCAGCUUGAGGUUUGCAGGGAAUUUCAACGCAACAAGUGCACCAGGCCUGACACGGAGUGCAAAUUCGCUCAUCCCCCGGCGAACGUCGAGGUGCAGAACGGACGGGUCACCGCCUGCUACGACAGCAUUAAGGGACGAUGUAAUAGGGAAAAGCCACCCUGCAAGUAUUUCCAUCCGCCCCAGCAUCUCAAGGACCAGUUACUCAUCAACGGCCGCAACCAUCUUGCUCUAAAGAAUGCCCUGAUACAGCAAAUGGGCCUUACACCGGGCCAGCCUCUUGUACCUGGCCAAGUCCCCACAGUGGAGGCUCCACCACCUCCGCCACCACACCAGCACCUUCAACAGCAAAUCCAGCAGCAACUUCUCGCUACCCACGCCUUUAUGGCGACCAAUCCGUACCUGACCGGGAUGCCGCAGGUGGGCAGCACGUACAGUCCGUACUUCGCGCCAAGUCCCAUAAUGCCCGCGAUCAUGGGUCCGGCGGACCCAACGGGAGUUGGCAGUCCCCUAGGAGUGGUCCCACAGACGGUGGCCAUGCCGCAGAAGAUGCCACGAACCGAUCGUCUCGAGGUAUGUCGCGAGUUCCAACGUGGGGCGUGCAAACGCGGCGAGACGGAGUGCCGGUUUGCGCACCCCCUCGAGACGGUGCAGGCGAACGAGGACGGCUCUGUGACGGUCUGCAUGGACGCUGUCAAGGGCCGAUGCAAUCGGGACCCCUGCCGCUAUUUCCACCCCCCUCUGCACCUUCAAGUCCACAUUAAGGCCGCACAAUCUCGGGCUAGCAUUGCGACGGCGACGGUGCCGACGAACGUUGCGGGAAUUGGAGCGAUGGCUGGCGGAGUGUCAGGAGUGCCGGCUGCAGCUGUACCUGGAGGACUUCAGAACGCCAAUAUGGCGAGCAUCGAGCUCGGCAAGAAGCGGAUGCGCGACUCCAAUGACGAUCUGCUAAUGAUGGACAUGAAAUCUGUCGGGUCGUUCUACUACGAGAACUUUGCGUUCCCAGGAAUGGUACCGUACAAACGUCCAGCAGGCGACAAGUCCGGCAUGCCGGUGUACCAACCAACCGGCGCGACGACCUACCAGCAGCUAAUGCAGCUCCAGCAGCCGUUCGUGCCUGUGUCAUCCUUAGCCACUGUCGGGGCCCACGUGGUCCCCCAAAACGCUCACUGUGUCGUCUACACAGACAGCUGCGGACAGUUACUGGACACCCUCCCGGUGUGCCAAGAUUUUAAUCGACAACUGUGCAACCGUCCCGCCUGCAAGUUCAUCCAUCUCCAUGACGGAAGCGUGGAGGUGAUAGAGAAUCGUGUAACGGUGUGCAGAGACGCGGUGAAGGGCGCGUGCAUGCGUCCCCAGUGUAAAUAUUACCAUAUACCGGUGGCACUGCCUCCGGCACCCUUGAUGGCUCUCUCGGCUCCUGCGACACCCUAGUUACUCGUUCUCGGCUCGCCUCCUGGAGUUUUCGCGUCGACGCGCGGCCAAGGACGUCUGGAAAGCGCACGAGACUGGCUGAGAAAGAAGAAAAGAAACGAGGAAGACGACGACAUAGGCCUACGGGCCAUAUGAAAUUAACGUGGUGACGAUGAAGAAUCACGUGACGGAGUUGACAGCCAAUCAGAAAAGUGCAGGUCGAUCCCUAUUGGUGGAUUCGAAAUACGGCCGGUUCGCAGUCGCUGCGAUCUCUCUCGGCACGUCGUGGAGCUUCUUAUAGGACGAACAUUCGGUAAAUGCGCGUUGAUAUAUGCGUGCGUUACUCGGAGCAAGUGAAAAUGGGAGAGGGGAGAAAAGGAAUAAUAAUAAUGUUAAUGAGAAACGCCGACGCAUUAAGAUACAUACAAAAAGGAAAAGAAAGGUAACGGAAGAAUAUUUGAAAAUGACGCGUUCGUAAUACUUGGUGCUGUAUCACCGAUUGAAUUUAGUAUUUAAGAUACACGAUGGCCUGGGGGGCCGUCAUUGCGAAAUACUUUUAAACGUUUCCUCGUAUUUUUCUUUCUCGUUCUUAUCUUUCUUUUUUUUUUAUCAUAAACGAUCUUACGAUUUCGUACCGUUAUUAACGUCGCCGUUGGCACGAUUCCCACGCGAGAUAGAAACGGCCAAGUGUACCCGAUCGAUAUCAUUCGUGUGAAUUAUUGUUAAGAUAAGAAGAAUGCCGUACGAAAUGUUCUUUGUUCUUGUAUGCAUACUGUUUCGAUUCGCGAACGUCAUAGAAACCGACUUGGACACUCGAUCGGGCACAAGGAUCUAUGGAUCAUUUUGUAUCGCAGCAGAGAUCAAUGUAUAUUUUGUUACUUAAAAUAUGAUCCAUAUUUUUGGUUCAGUUUGUUUCUCUCUUGCGUUCGCGGAGUCUGCAUUCUAUUUAAAAAAUUCACCCGGCCACUAGUUUUUAAGUAAUUCAUCACUUGUCAUUUCUUUACUUCCUUAUAUUAUUUUUUUUUUCUCUCGCCCCCAAUCACAAUUUCGUUAUCCCGUUAAGUCGUGCGCGUUGUUAAGUCGCCCGCGGCGACGAAUACACGACUAAUUUUAUUGAUUAUAUUACUUAGUUAUUAUUGGAAUGUCGAUUGUUGACGUAAUCGUUGUAUUGGAAAUUUAGAUCCUAAGCUUUAUACGACAGCGAUUUACGUAGGUCUGAUAUAAGUUACGUUAAGUUCGGUUUAGUUAAGACGACUUUAAACUCCCUUCUAAUUAAUAUUAACGCGUUACUCGUUUAUUACGUUUCCCAGUGAUAUAUAUAUAUAUUUUUUUUUCCUUUACUAUUUUUCCCUUGUUUUACCCAACGUUUCUAAUUCGCUCGAGCAUUCGAGCUACACGAUCCGCUACGCAAUUGAUAAAUUCAGUCGGAACGAGAGAAUUCCGUAAAGAGUCUCGUAACACGAUUACGAAAUGGCCAAGAACGGUGCGGAUCUUUAUUUCUUUUAAAUUGGAAAACAAAAAUUUAUAUAAAAAAGGUAUAAAAAAUUAUCCAGAAAAAUGAAGUUCGUCAAAUGCAUUCUGCAUUCGAAUUUGAUUCAAGUUCAUAAAAAAAGGGAUUCCAGUCAUAACUUUACUCGGGUCGAGUAUUAUCGAAAAAUAUUUAAUUUUUUUUAACUCAAAAUUUCAAUUCGCAUCUACAAAGUUUCUUCCCCCCAGUAUAUUUUAGAGACGAAUACAAGAGGAACGUUAGAAAUGUUGUUUCGUACUAUACGGCAUAUAUAUAUAUAUAUAUAUGUAUAUUACAUAAACAAAUAUGUUAAAUAUAUAUAUAUAUAUAUAUAUAUUCGUACACACGAGAUACAUACACCUAUACACAUAUUUACAUUAACUAACAAUUGUAUUGUAUUGCAUAAGUAGGCUAGCUAGGGCCUAAGGGCCAACGCGACGAAUGAAUGAUCACGUGUUGCUAAAUGACGUAUGAGGUCGAUGACGUUUAGCCAACAGGUAAAUGACGAUGCGAUUGGGCGACAGUGACGACCAUUGGCGACCGUGAAACGGACAACCGAUGACUGUGAAUAUUGAUUACGAACAAGAGAGAGGGUAAUGUAACGACCACGGCGAAUAACAUAGGACGAGGGUGAAUAAAUGCUGGUAAAUGAUUAAUGAAAAUAUCAAUGCUGAUCGAGGUGAUAAAUGACGACGAUGACAUUUUUUAUACUCUUAAACAACAAAUCUCAAUUAUAUUUUGUUUGUAUUAUAUAUAAAUAUAUAUAUUAACGUAAGUAAUCUAACGGCGAGGAUAAGGAAGGAGAGAUGGAACGAAAAAUUGUAACGGGUGAGAACGAACAAACUAGGCGAAAAAAAGAAAAAGAAAACGAACAAUGGAUUAAGAGAUAAUCGAAAGUCGACAGUGUCAUAGAAAUUUAAUGCGACACACGGUAUAUAACUAUUAACAUAUUUCGUACACACACAUGCGCGCGCUAUAAAAGUUUUUAACCCUUAACAAAAUUAAAAAGGGAUGUUUUUUUGGAAAAACGAAUCGUUCGACCCACGUGUCCGACCCACUGAUAAUGUUUUUUUUUAAGAAUAACCAAAAUUAUAAUGUCGAGCAUCGAAUGUCCCUUGCGCGACGGGCCUACUACUACUAAUAUUACUACUACUAAUAUACUAAUACUAUUACUACUACUAUAUUUAGGCUAGUACUGUAUAGAUUAGAGAUGAAAUUUUCAUUGGGAUUCAGUAAACGCUGAGGUUCGUUAUUUUUUGAAAAUUCGUUACAAAAAAAUCUAUAUACGUGCAUACAGGCAAGUUUACGAGUCGCGGUGAACCGUAUUGCCAUACGCGUGGUUGCGUUAUGUUGAGAACGUUUUAUAUACUCAAAAACAAAAAGUUAUAUACGAAACAGUAAUAUUGUUUGAUGAUGUUUCAACGCGUGGUAUCAAUUUAAAUGGUAGAUUAUCAAUAUUCAACGAAUCAAAUUUAAUUAGUGAUUAUAAUUAAUUAGUAUUGUUUUAUUGGUUCGCUAAAUCAGGAAUUUUUGGUCUCCUUAGUCUUUACGGGACGCAAGACUCUCGUUACAUUGCCGAUCUCAAAUUGUUUUUGUUAAUGAAACUUCGUUGAGUUUAAUUUUUUUUUUGGAUUUUUAAAGAAUUUUUAUAUACGUUACAAAACAAGUUUCGUUCGUUCACUGGUUACUGUAAUGAUAAUAGUCGUAAUAAUAAUAAGAGAUAUGCCGUUAAAAAAUUGUGAAAUCUUAAACGCGAUCGAUUUGUCGAUAUCAAUAUAUAUAUACGCAGUAUUUAUUAUUGAUCUCAAUUUGAGAACCAAAGCAACGUGUUUUUUAAAAAGCCCGUCCUAUAAGCGUGACAUUUGUGUUAAUGCGUUUGUGUGUGUAUGCACAUGUGUGUAUGAUUCUGUGUAUCUUGUCAGGGUCCAUCGUAUAGGAGUCUUUACACGAUUGUCAAAUUAAAAAAAAAUUUCGAUUUUCAAAAAAAAAAAUCUUGAAUUUUUCCUCAGACCUUAUCAACAAGAGUGUAAGAACCGAUUGUUCUAGUUGCUACUGUAAGAACAGGACGAUCGUGUAAAGAUUCGAUAUCCAAAAGCAAACGAGAGAAAAACGAAAAAUCAAGAGAAUCGACCGAGAGGGAAAAAAGCAAAAACAAAAAUCAGAACUCGACCGUCCAUUCGACGGGCUUUGAUCGGAAUAUUGCCCGGUGAACAUGAAAAAAAACCCAGACAAAAAAUAGAACAAAACUAACACGAACAAGGGAGGUUCAACGGAGCGCGAGUGAUCGAAAUUUAUUAUAGUUUUUUUUAUUCUUGCGAUAUUUUUUUAAAAAAUUGCGUUUCACCGUUAUAAACGACAACGACGUGUCGCUAAAAAGAAAAAGAAAGAACAAAAAUGAUAAAUAUUUAAUGAAAUUAUACUUUCGAAUUGCUAGUCAUAAACGAUGCGUUGACGUGGAGGUUUUUCGCGUCGUUCUAUAGUGUUUGCGCCCUUAAAAGUUAAUUUUAAACGUUUAUAUUAUUACUUUGAUUAAUACUAUUUCUAUUUCUUUUUUUUUUUACUUUUCAUUCUACUCGUUAAUCGAUCCCCAUCCUCCCGAUGACCAUCGACCAUUCCUACGAACACCAUCCUAUAUGCACCAAUCGAUCGAUCGAUCGACUGAUUGAUCUGUUAAUGACACAAUUAUUACUCGAGAACGAACUUCUUUUAGGCAUAAACGAAAUAAUUUAACAACAAAGUAACUAUAGUUUAAGAUACGAAAAUAAAGCGAAGGAUCUAAACGAGUAUUGCAAGUAAAUGUUCCUGUACAGCAUUUAAGAAUCAAAUCGACGCUCCUGUCUGAAUGAGAAAGAGGGGGUGGUAAUUGCGAAUAAAAAAAAGUUUAAUUAACGGAAAUACCAAUAUAUACACGCCACACGGUAUACACAUUUAUAUACACCUGCGUACAAUACACACAGAAGAUAUACCCAGUGAUACUCGAAAUUUUUGGUAUUAGAAGGGAAAGAUUCGUGGCCACCUGCGGAAUGCGGGAUCAGGCCGGGAGUUCAGUUUCUGUAAAUUAAUGGAAAAAGAAAAAAAAAUGAAAAAAUUAAUAAACACGUGUACAUAGAUAGCGUUACUGUAUUGUUACUAAUAGUAGGAGUAAUUUGGUAGUAGUUAGUAGGUCAUGAAAUAGUAUCGGGGAUAUAUCGAAUUUUUUUUUUUUCAUAGAACUCGCAAGAGUCAUCGAAAUAGUAUUGGCGAAAUAGAAUUGCGGUUUUGGUAUGGUUAUGUUUUUAUUAUAUCGUUAACUUGGAAUAUUGUCUCCUAGCGUUUAGUACGUCAGACGUUUGUUACUUUGUUCUGAUUUUUUUUUAUUGUUUUGAUGUUUUAAACAGAUCAACAGAUUAAUGCAUUAAAUUGUUUUAAUUUCUGUGAUUGUUCAUUUUUUUUUUUUUUUUAUGGUUUUAAUCAACCUCGACAAACGGUAUUGCUUUUGACAUACUUCGGUUGCAUUUUAAUUUUGUUCCCCGGAAUUAAACAAAUUUGUCUGAAGUUGCAAGUGAGUUUGAGAACUCAAAUUUUUUUCAGCGAUGCAUCUUUUUCUUGCGUCGAUAUGAAAAUUCAAAGUUGACGGAAAAGGAUUUACGGACGAGUUCCUCCGUGCCCGCAUCUAGCAUGUAUAUAGAUAUAUAUAUAUAUAAAACUAGGAACAAAAAAUAUAUAUAAAUAUACGUACAAUAGUCUAUUCUAAAGUAUCGAUUCAAAAUGAUCCUGUUUUUUUUAAGCAUUGUGAUUUUUCACGGUAAUGUUUCCUUUUUUGUUUAUUACCUCCUUCGUAAUAUCUUUGUGUUUCGUUUUUCGAUAUUGGUCGCUUUCGAAUUGGGUUUCGUGGGACGUUUUUUUGUAUUAUUCUCGAAUUCCUGUUUUCGCGACUUAUGAUCUUAAUUUAUUCGCGAUUAAUUGACAGAUUGUCAAUUAUUAUUUUACUAAGUACUAGUGUCAUGUUUUACUGUUUGUGUAUAUAUAUAUAUAUGUAUAUAUUUGGUUUCUUCCUCGUUUCCUUCAACGGAAAGUUGCAUUUAAUAUUUUUCUUGACAAAAAACCAAGGUACAUACAGAAAUAAAUACGUUCAUUUAUAAAAAUGCGUGAGUCGUUAUUACGCCGUGCCAUGAUUUAUUUUUUCAAUUAAAAGUAAUUCGUAUAGUUAAUGUAGAUGACAAAAUUUAGGAUACUCGUUUAGGACGUAACAAAAAAAUUUUCUAUUGUAUCAUUACGGAACGGAAAUUUUAAAAAAUGUGGACAUUAUGGUAACGUGUGGUAACUUGUGGUUCGAACAUCCGAAACGCAGGGCGAAUAAGAAAGGUAUAAUAUGCAAAAAAGGAACAAAAAAAAAUGAAAAAUAACGGAAGAUUAAUUAAAAGCUUUCCUUUCUCUCAGAAAUAUGAUUUCUAGUGACAAAUCGUGAACUAAGCGAAAAAAUACAUACAGAUUUAAGAACACAAGAUCGGUUAGAUAGUGAUACGUCUUUCCCUUUAAUACCAAACCUCAAAAAAAAAAGUGAAAAAAGAUUUAAACACGUAAAGUAACGAACAUUAAAACAGAUAAUUAAGAUGACAUGACCCUAACGAA